AUGGCGACGGCGGAUUGGGAGGAGAUAAAAAGACUUGCAACUGAUUUUCAACGCGUUCAGCUCAGUUCAUCCGUUCAGAAACUUUCUGAAAGGAAUUGCAUUGAGAUUGUGCAAAGAUUAAUUGAAUUGAAAAUAUUGAAUGUCAUUUAUACAACUGAUGGCAAAGAAUAUCUCACACCUAAAGAACUUACAAAAGAAAUUUUGGAAGAAUUAGCUAUUGCUGGAGGGAGAAUUAAUUUGGUUGAUCUGCAGCAGAAAUUAAAUGUUGAUUUGUUGCAUAUUGAAGCUAAGGUGAAUGAGCUAAUGAAAACAGACAAGAGUCUCAAAUUGAUAUUAGGACAGUUGAUCGACAAGAGUUAUUUUGAUAGACUCAGUGAGGAAAUUAAUGAUAAGCUACAAGAACAAGGCUUGGUUACAAUAUCUGAACUUGCAAAACAUUUCAAUUUUCCUGGUGAUGUUUUGAAGGAGCUAAUAUCUGAAAGAUUGGAAACAAUUAUAUUGGGCAAAAAAGAUCUGUCUGGUAAUGAAUUGUACACAGACAGUUAUAUUGACAGGCACAGGUCCUUGUUUGCAGGAAUGUUCAAUGCCAUCACAAGGCCUACUCCUGUGUUCCCAAUCAUUACAAAGUAUGGCUUUCAAGAAACAUUGGCUUACAAUAUCCUGGAUAAAUUAAUAGAAAGCUGUGAAAUAUCAGGAUCAUUAACAGGGAGCAGGCCUCACAAUGUUACCUACACUCCAAAUAUUUACAUCAAGUCCCAACAGCAAUGGGUUAAUUCAUUCUAUAAUCAGAAUUCAUACAUUGGUAGUCCAACUUUCUUACUUCCAAGACCAACAUAUUUAAUCUCGUUUCUCGCGUGGCUAACAUAUCUGCAGCUACCUCACAGGACCAACAUAUUCAAUCUCAUCCGCAUGAGCAACUUAUCAAGUGCCACUUCACAAAACAUACACAUCCAAUCUCAUCUCAUGAGAGCAAAAUAUUCAGUACCAUCCUACAGGAUCUACAUUUCCAAAUAUGAUUGUCUGACUCGGCUGGGGAUAUCUGAUGCCCAAGGUUACAUCAAGAAAAGAUUUAAAAAUGAUGGUAUGGAGUAUUUGAAGACAUGUUGCCUGGGGCCGGCAUACAAAGAAAGAAUUCUUGUUGAAAUGGAGGAGGCUUUGGAGGCUGGAAUGUGGUUCAAUCUCAUGCCCCACCUGCCAAGCAUCUGCACACUGGAGGAUGCACAGAUUCUGAUCAACACAUUGACGAAGAAAAAGAACAACAUUAUCAUUCUGUCCGAGUGCUACCUCAUCAGCAGCUAUCUUGUCGACAUGGCGUUGGACCAUUUCAAACCGCUCAUUUCUGAGAAAGCACAGAAAACAAUCCAAGAAAAUCCAUCAAUCCUGAUGGAGAGCCGACAGGUGUCCAGUGGAGGAGGAGGGGGAAGUGCAAGCAAAACACGAGGGCAUGUUCAUGAAGAUGCUCCAUUGAAAGAUAAUAAGAGGAAAAAGGUCACUUUGAGUGGUGCCUCAAAAAUUGGUGGAGGUGGUGCUGGCUCUCAAGCCAGGGAGGUGAAGAUGAAGGCUACUAAGAAGAAAUAUUUGGUUGGUCAUAAUGAGGUUGACGUUGACGACGAUGCUGAUCAUGACAACGAUCAUUCCGAUGAUAGUGGUGUUUUUAUGACCAUCAGUGAAAUCACUGAUGAGUUGAUGAAAUUGUCAUCAAUCAGUGAUGCUCCUGCUGAUCUUUUGCAGUUUGUAGCUGUCAGAUUGGCCAGGUUGUUAAACAACAGUUACAGUGAAGAACUGAAAAACAUUUUUGUAUUAACCUUGCAACAACAACAAGAACAACAAGCUGAGACUGAUGCGCCGUCGACCAGUAUUGCCAACACCUCCACGACGACAACUAAACAACAGCCGUCAUCCAAUCAGCCCCCUACUAACAAGAAGAAAUUGUUUGCUGACGUGUCUGACAAAGCCUCCUCGCUCUAUAGCAGCAUCAAAAUGUUUGGGAAGGGCGUCAGCUUCUUCAAAGAUGAUGUCCAGUACAUUCUCAUUGUCCAUCUUUUACGAACGUUGUGCACGGACCUCGCAAAUUUAAUCUUCUCAUUGUACGCUGCUGAUCUCAUGGUCAACGUCAACAGUGCGGCAGUCAGUGCUGAGGACCGUAACAAAAUUAUAUCUUCAGUACAAGAUGAUAAAACAAAAUCUGCACUUAAUAAACUCAAUUCAGCUCUUUCUCCCAAGGUUUUGGACGAUUUCUAUCAAAAUUUUGAAAACAUAUGUUCCUCAGCGUUUUUAAACAUUACGCUGAAAAGAGAUAAAAAGAAAGAAAGGCAGCAGAUGUUCAACCACAAGCAAUCGUCAUUGAAGGAUCUUCAAACGGCCGAGGAUCCUGCACUUGUUCUGCAUAUUUGUUCCAUUCUUCUAUUUCAAACUGUCACCCAAUCCAUGUUGCAUUGUCCUGGAAAGUUUGUUCCACAUGUCAUUAUCUUUUUGAAAGAUCAUCUCACGCUGGAACAUCACCAUAUAUUAGUGCAGUGUCAGGAUAUAAUAAUAAGAUUGGCGAGAUUAACAGCAAGCGAAAGUAACGUGCCUGAAAUCACUGAUUUGAAGGAUUCCUUGGCAUCUUUGAUAAAGAAAUUACUGCUGAGAAACCGAAACAGCUACAAGGAAACAGGACACUGGACAGGAGCGUCUCGGAUUCGAAACGCUAGAAGCCAAAAAAUUACAAGUUUUUUCAAUGAAGCUGUUAAAGGAGACAAGAAUGUUUCAGAAGCUUUACAUGCUGUGGAUACACUGAUCCAGUUCAUUAAAGUAAAUAAAAACACCACAUUACGUGGUCUUAAUGAGGAUUUGAUGACAGCUAUAAAUAUUUUGUCAAAAAUUGACAAGAAAGUGGCAUCUGUAACAUCUGCAUGUGACAUGUUUGUCAGAGCUAUGAUGACUGUAAAGAAAUUUUACUCAAAAGAGGUCGUGAUUUUUUAAAUAAGAAAAGAAUAGCAAAGGACAUGAUAGCUGAAAUUGCCAAUACCACUUAUUUAAAAGGAGCAGUAUUAGUCCACUCAUAUUCUCGUGUGGUGCUACAUAUUUUGAAAGCUUGGAAAAAACGUAAAAAUACAGUUUAUGUAACUGAGUCUCGACCAGACUGCUCUGGCAUAAAAAUGUAUGAGGCAUUAAAAGCAGAAGGAAUAGAAACAUUUCUUAUACUAGAUUCUGCUGUUGGUUACAUAAUGAAUAAAGUAGACAUGGUGUUGAUAGGAGCAGAAAUGGUCUGCCAAAAUGGAGGGAUCUUAAACAAGAUAGGUUCAAGUUCAAUAGCGAUGUGUGCCAGUUGUUUGAACAAACCUGUGUUUGUCGCCGCAGAAAGUUACAAAUUCUCAAAGGAGUUUCCUUUAAGCACCAAAUGUGUACCAGAACAUUACGCAUUUCCAAUUCUGAGGCAAAAUCCAAACGCAGACACGACAAAAGAGCAUCCACGCGUUGACUAUGUGGCGCCAAAAUUCAUCAACACUAUUAUGUCCGAUCUUGGCUUGCUGCACCCCGAAGCUGUUUGUGAUGUGUCUCUAAAUCUUUACAUUUGAAAUUGUUAUAUCGUUGAACAUGGUUUUAAUUAUGUUAUAAAUAUUACUACUCUGAUAUGGCAAAAAGUAUAUAUACUUACAUUCAAAAUAUGUUCAUUAAAUACUAUUGUUCCAUCACUUGUAUUUAGAUUUAUCAAUCCCGAUAAAUGGUUUUAAACAUUUUCCACAAAUAAAUUUUACCACUUCGCAA